AUGGUGAGAAUUAUGGGUUUUAGAAAAGUUGAUACAGAUCGUUAUGAGUUUGCGAAUGACUGGUUUGUGAGAGGUGAAAAGGAGUUGCUAAAGAAUAAUCCAAGUCUGUUGGUUCAGUUGCUUCAGCCUAAGGAAAACAGUUGGAGAAAGACGGAAGGGGGAGGAGGAGGAGCGAAGAUUUUGGAGGAAGUUACUGAUGAUGGAGAAACAAACACGAAUGGUCUUCCUUUAGUAAUGUAA